UGAGGAAUGAGGUGUUUCCAUUGCAUUUAUCCGAGUUAUCGCCUCAGCAUGUGGAUGCGUUCCGGCUGCUAGAGGACAGGAAACACAAGCUCUCACCCGAGACCGCCGCUCUCUACCUGCUUCGACAACAGCACAAGCUAUUGGAGACUGAGAUCAGCAGGAAGAAAAAGGAGUGUGAAGUCCUUGAGGAGGAGGUGAAGAAAAAGAGCCAGUCAUGUCAAACUCUGGAGAGUGAGCUUCAACAUGUUCUGCAGGAGAAAGCACGUCUGAAUCUCCGCUUGUUCAACGAUAUCCAGAAGGCAGCAAAGUAUGAGCAGGUGAAAAGUGAGUAUGAACAGCUGCAGGAGGCUCUGUACACUGUGACAGUGGAGAGAGAUUGUGCUCUGUUGGAGAAGACUGAGCUCCAAGGCAAACUGGAGAACCUAGAGCAGGUGCUGAAGCAUAUGCGAGAGGCUGCAGAGAGGAGGCAGCAGCUAGAAUUAGAGCAUGAACAAGCCUUGGCCGUCCUCAAUGCUAAGCAGCAGGAGAUUGACCUUCUGCAGAAGGCUCAGGUUGAGGCUAAGAAGGACCAUGAAGGUGCCGUCCAUCUGUUAGAGAAUCACUUGGACAGCAUGCAGGUAUUUUGGAGUUACUUCUCCUCAGAGUUCUCCCUCUCCUCCCCGUGUGACUCACUGAGGGCUAAAGUGAGAGAACUGGAGGAAAAAUGCCGGUCACAGAGUGAGCAGUUUAACCUGCUGUCAAAAGAGUUGGAGAAGUUCAGGUUGCAGGCUGGGAAGUUAGACAUCCUGAGCAGCAGUCAGCUGACAGGGGGCGACUCGCCCGGCUCACCCUCCAAACCCCUCACCCUCUCCCAGCUUCUCAACGGCCUCACUUCCCCCUCUGGGAAAGGUAACGAGGAUUCAAUGAGUAAGAUCUCAGAGCUCAUUCGGCCUCUACAGAUGACUGAGGGGGAGAAGGCAGAGCUCCUGUCUGUCAAACCCACCUUCCUUUCACGCAGCACACCCUCCAGCCCACGGCGAACCUUCCUCUCAGAGGUGCGGCCCGUCAUCUCCACUGCUAUGGACAAAGAGCUCAGCUCAUCUCCAAGGUCUAAGUCCAGAUUCACAGGCAAAGUGCGACUGUGUGUUGCCCGUUACAAUUAUAACCCUUAUGAUGGCCCCAAUGAGCAUCCUGAGGCAGAGCUCCCCCUGGUGGCUGGGAAGUACCUGUAUGUUUAUGGGACAAUGGAUGAGGACGGCUUCUAUGAGGGUGAGCUGUUGGAUGGACAGCAGGGUCUGGUUCCCUCCAACUUUGUGGACUUUGUCCAGGAUGAGGAGCCCACGUCAGUUUCUCUUUUGGACCGCAUCAAGGAACCGUCCUACCUCAACCACAGCCCCGCCUCCAUGCCCAGCAGUGCCGUCAGUACACUCAGCACGCUUCUCUCAGAGAAGCUGGACACCCUGGGCUCAUGUACCGGGACGGGGACCAGCAGUAGCAGUGGGGUGAGCAGCUUGGGCAUGAGCAUGGGUCUUGGUGUGGACUUUCUGGGACCCUGCAGCAAUGGCACAGGAACGCUGGACGUGAACAUUGACGAGAUCGGAGAAGACAUUGUGCCUUACCCCCGCCGCAUUACCUUGAUCAAGCAGCUGGCCAAGAGCGUUAUCAUAAGCUGGGACGCUCCAGUGGUGCUGCCCGGGUGGACGGCCAUCAGCGGCUACAAUGUGCUGGUGGAUCAGGAGGUACGCAUGAGUGUGCCCUUCGGCGGCCGCACCAAGUCUUUGAUCGAGAAGCUGAACCUGGCCUCUUGUGCGCACCGCAUCUCCAUCCAGAGCAUGACGGAGCGGGGGCUCUCAGAUCCGCUGCGCUGCACACUGCUGGUGGGGAAAGAUGUGGUGGUGGCACCCUAUUACCUUCGUGUGGAGAACAUCACGCAAGUAUCGGCUGAGCUCACCUGGAUGCCAAGCAACAGCAACUACAGCCACAUGAUUUUCCUGAAUGACGUGGAGUAUGAUGUUGUGAAGCCUGGAGGGUACAAAUACCACUUCUAUAACUUGAAGCCCAUGACAGUGUAUAAGAUACGGGUUGUGGCCCGGCCCCAUCAGAUGCCCUGGCAGCUUCCCCUUGAGCAGAGGGAGAAGAAGGAGGUCUCAGUGGAGUUCUGCACUCAGCCAGCCGGCCCUCCUUUACCUCCUCAGGAUGUGCAAGUUCAGAUGGGACAGACACCUGGAGUCUUGCAGAUCUGUUGGAAGCCUCCUUCUCUCACUCCUACGGGCACUUCCAAUGGAGCCAGUGUAAUCGGAUACAUGGUCUGCACUAAAGGACAAAAGAUAGCAGAGAUAAUGUACCCCACAGCAGAUUUCGUUACGGUGGAACUGAACCGUAUACAGUGUCUGGAAGCGCGGGAGGUCAUUGUGAGGACAAUAUCAGCACAAGGAGAGUCGCAGGACUCUCCCGUGGCCGCCAUUCCGCACAGCCUCCUGGUGCCUCACUCCCACGGACACCCCCCACCCCCCCAUCCGCCUCCCUAUCCUCAAGCCUACCCCUCUACCCAUCCACAGCCGCAUGUUCAGCCCCACUCCAUCCCGCCACCCCACCCUCAUCCACCACCCUCACACCCCAAUGUUCACCCCUCACCCUCCCACUACCCCAUGUCUAAACCCAAACUCUUACCAAGUGCCAGAGACCCCCAUGCCAAAGAGCCAGAGAUGGGCAGGCGAAUGGGUCAGCCCUGGGAGCCGCAUCCCCGGGCCCCGUCACCCCUUCCGCCCCCUUCACACCGGGGACACACACUGGAGCCCCCUCACAUAGAGGGCCGGCGCUCACCCUCCCCUCAGAGGAUCUUACCUCAACCUCAGGGAGUGCCCAUUCCCAACACAGUGGCUCGUGCUAUAGCCCGCCAGGCGGCGCAGAGGAGCGCCCCAAACAGCAGGGUGGAGAGGAGGAACAUCUUCAGUGAGAGGGGAAACGCUCCGCAUUCAUUAAAUUCAGAUGAGGAGGAGGAUGGGUACGAUUCCCCUCAUGCCAGACGAAGAGGUGCUUCUGUGGAUGAGUUUCUCAGAGGUUCUGAGCUGGGGAGACAGCAUCAUCAGUACAACCACAGUGAUGAGUACUACACUGAGAGCAGUCGGGGCUCCGAUCUGUCAGACAUCAUCGAGGAGGAUGAGGAGGAGCUGUACUCGGACAUGCAGCUGGAAGAAGGACGUCGCCGCAGCAUCAACUCGCACAACACAUUAAAGGCAUAUUAUAGGCGUCAGGACCUAGCAGUGGACCGGGACAGUUGGGACCUGCAGCGGGAGGUGGUACGACAGUGUUCCUUGCGCUCCCACAAGCGGCUACACAGCAUUCCGGAAGUUGCAGAGGAGGAACAGGACACUGGGGUGGAGGUCCUGGGUCAGCGGCUGCGUUUUGAGGAGGCUUGUCCGGGCACUCCUUGCAGGAGCCCACAGCCCUACCACCAAAACUCACAGCAGCCGAACCACCUCUCCCCGAGUAAGAGUGUCCGCAGGCUGCAGAGGCAGCGCUCAUCUCCACGCUACAGCUCCAUAGAGGACCGACCACCAUGCUGGAGCAGUAGCAGGCAGACCACUAAGAGCCCGGACAGCGGACUAGACUGCGGGAGCGAGGAGGAGGGCUCGCUUGGCUACCGUGGAAGUUACCACUUGUCCAGAGGGGGCAGCCCGCUUCGAGUGGGUUCUGGCCCCAACAUGCGGGUAAUCCACAGUGAGGGGCCUGUGGAGAGGCGUGCUCUGGCUGCUGGCAGGAAAAGGUCACUGACCCGGCAGUGUAGCAUGGAGGAGGACUUCCUGGAUACCAUUCCGGAGACAAGGAGCAUGCGAGAGUCAUAUCACCAUUAUCACUAUCAUCCACACCUUCACCAUCCCCAACGCAGGUUCCGGAGCGAGGGCAGGCUGAGCGAGGUUGGCAGGACCUAUCACACGGACAUUAGGGCAUACUCUGUGGCCAGACUCAACAGGGCAAUGGAUGAACCCCUGAUUUUAGGGAGCUCUCCCUCAACAGGACGCUCGGAUCGACUGGACCAUUCCGGCCAUAGGACGGGUCGCAGCCGUCCACCCGCUCAGAGAAGACCAAUGACAGUCCCUUCCAUUGAGAUCACCAUGGAGAAUAACAGUGAGGGGAGUGAGGGGAACCUCUCACCUAUCAAGGAUGAUGUUUACUAUACCAGUGUAGCCCACCGCAGGACAUGGCCCCCACAGCGAACAGAGCACCAAUAUGAUGGGUAUGGAGGACGGGACCGGCGGUCUCCAGACUACUAUGAGUCAGAGCCAGAGGACUUGUCCCGAAUCUUUGUGGCCAUGUUUGACUAUGACCCCCUGUCAAUGUCACCUAACCCUGAUGCUGCAGCCGAGGAGCUUCCCUUCAAGGAGGGCCAGAUCAUAAAGGUGUUUGGAGAGAAGGACACAGAUGGAUUCUAUAGGGCAGAGAUCUGCGGUCGCAGGGGGCUCGUCCCCUGUAACAUGGUCUCAGAGAUCCAGACGGAUGAUGAUGAAAUGGUGGACCAGCUUCUCAGACAGGGCUUUCUUCCUCUCAACACACCCAUUGAGAAAAUAGUAAACUGUAAUAGGUUCAAAGAUGGCCGUUCAGUUAAUCGCAGGUCCCGGAAAUCCAAGAGAGAGAGGAACAAAAGGAGUGGAAGGCAGCACCAGGUGUCGACGCGGAGGAUGGUGGCCUUGUACGACUAUGACCCCAGAGAGAGCUCUCCUAACGUGGAUGUGGAGGCCCACUAUGGGGGCAGCUUGCAGAGUGAGGAGGCCGAGCUGACGUUUUGUGCAGGUGAUGUGAUCACAGUUUUUGGAGAGAUCGACGAGGACGGCUUUUAUUAUGGGGAGCUCAAUGGACACAAGGGUCUGGUCCCCUCCAACUUUCUCGAAGAAGUGCCUGAUGACGUGGAGGUUUACCUCACCAACCCCCCGAGCCGUCACCCCCAGGACCACCCAUCCCGGACAAAGAACAAAAGGGUACAUCCUGUUUCACACUAGCCCUCUGUCAUCCAUUCGCUCUUUUCUUAAAUCUCCUUCCUGCUCCGCUGUUUUCCUCUUCUCCGUCUGUGUUGUGUUGUGUGACAGCCGGUCGCUUUUUUGACGGAUCGUUGAAGGAAAACAGAAAACAAAAGAGAGACAUAGAGACAUGCUGUAAUAUACAAGACUGAGGAACCUUUAUUUUUAUGUCAGAUGUUCUGCGGAGGAGAUAUGUGAACUGUUAAUGAAAUUGCAUAUUCAUAAAGCAUUGUUUGGAAAAGAAGUAUUGACACAAAGAGACGUUGCCAGAUGACUUGUUGUUUAUUGUUAUUAUUAAUGGAAAAAGAAGCACUAAAAGACUAUUAUUUUUCACCUUGUUCACAAGUGAGGCAUUGUAAUAGAUGCUUUAUGAAUGUACAGUAACUGUGUUUAAAAGUGAAAUCAAUUUAUAAUAGAGGAGAUAGUUUGGUGUACAGAGAACUGAAACCAUGUCGAACUGUAGAACUGCAUGCUUUUUCUUUCAGGAUGCUUCAACUCCAUUGUGAAUUUUUUUUUUUUUUUUUUUUUGGGGGUGCUUUUACGGAUUGAGUCCAGUUAAGAAAAAAAACACUUUUGUAUAUGUUUCCGAAAGAAUUGUUUUUUAUUGUAUAUUAACUAAAAGAGAGACACAAAGCAAAUGUUGCAAGUAUAGAGAGUUACCUGUAGAUGUAGAUAUUGUACAAUUGUCUGUAUAAAAACAAAGAAGAAGAAAAUAUAAUUGCUGAUGGAUGUUCUGCUGAAUCAUCAGGACCCAUCAAGGUUUUUCUGUAUUGAAAGUUUUGUGAUUCUUUUCUCACAUUCAUUGUGCAGACAAUUGAAAUGCAUUGCAUCAUGGCAUUGUUUUUUUUUUCCUCACUUGCUUGGCAAAACAGAAGAAGAGUGUUCAUUUCACUCCGUAACGGCUCAGUAUCUGUCACGUAAGUGAGCAACAGAGGAUACCACAAAUAACGCUGUCCUCGUCUAAUGCACACGACGCGGUCCUUAUUACUGCACAAAACACACUCAUAUGACACAUUCACAACAACCAUUUACACAAAAGAUUCAGAAAAAGUGGCCAUAGACUUGAAGUUGAUGUUUAAAGUUUGAAUUGCUUAAAUCAUCAUUUCAGAAUUUACAUAUGAAAU